AUGACCAAUCAGAACCUGGAGCAGUAUGAUUAUGUUGUGCAAGGGCAGACCAUUGGCUGCUACCAGGAUGAGGCUUUGAACAGAUUCCUUGCUUUCUUCUUUCCAAAGCAACAAACUACAAAUCUGAACCUUCCUCCUGAAGAUCUUGAUUCAUCUGGUGAUGACGAUGAUGCAUUCUCAGGUUCAGGUGCAAGUCCUGUGACUGACCAGUCUCAUACCUGGAGAAUCCCAGGAGAACUGACUAAUUCCUCAUUACUGGCAACACCAAUAGAUUUCCAUGAACAGCCACUUCCCGGGACUGAGAGCCGAACUGAGAAGGAAGUAAUAUCUCCUUCUGCAACUAGUACUGUUGUGACAGAGGAGCCAGUUGUGAAGGACACAAUACCCAUCCUGGGCUUACCUGAUGAGAAACCAACAAAUGAUGCUGUUACAACAACAGUCAGAAGCCCCACUACUCACUUUCCUUCAGUGAUUCAUGUAACUCCUUCAGAAGCUUCAGGCACGGUCCAUGGGCUCGAACCUAAAAUCCCCAGCUCUGAUGUGCCAGACACUAAAUACGUGCCUGAACACCCUUCUACCAUCCAUCAUGAGGGAGACAUCGCUGCCACCUCCACAAUGGCAGCUCCUAAGGAUGUUGUUCCUACGCAUGAGGAGGUUUCUGAGGAUGGCUCUGGAGAUCCGGGAGACUUCAUCUUAACUAAAGACGAGGAUUUGGUCCCCACCCAGAACUCAGAAGUACUGGCUGACUCUGGGAAGAAUGCCAAAGCUGCAGGAGCCUCAGGAAUUAUGGACAGAAAAGAAGUUCUUGGAGGUGUUAUUGCUGGAGGACUAGUAGGCUUGGUGUUUGCAGUGUUUCUAGUUGCAUUUAUGCUGUACAGAAUGAAGAAAAAAGAUGAAGGCAGCUAUUCACUGGAUGAGCCAAAGCAGUCUAACGGAGGAUACCAAAAACCACACAAACAAGAAGAAUUCUAUGCAUAAACUGCUCUUCAGGACACUUCUUAUUCCAUCUUUCUUGGACUCUUCUCUCCCUGCACGUGGACCUCC